GAGUGGGUCAAUUAAUUUAAAUUGUUAAAAAUCACAAUGUUUUUCAUAUAUUCCAUGUAUUUGAUAUUUUUAUUAUUAUUCCUGAAUAAAGCUAAUGUAAAUGGUAUAGAUCCCAAUGAAAUAGUUAUCGUAAUAUUAGAUCAAAAAGAAGGCUAUCAUAUAGCACAUGCUAAAAUGUUAGAAAAAAAUAUCUUUGAACAAGCAGAUGCUCUUGACAAAGAUCCUCCCAAAAUUGUUUUAUCUCAUAAAUUAAAUAUUAAUGGAUCUUGGACAAUAAUACCACUUCUAAAUCAUUUAUCAGAUACAUAUAUUACUUCAAAAUUUUUUUUUUGUCUAGAGAAUACUGUAAUUAGAUUAAAUAAACUAUUAAAUAUUCUUUCCAAAUUCAAAGAAAAUAAAAAUAUAUGGAUUGGUCAUGCAUUAUAUGAUCAUGAACCAACUAUCAUACAUCAUUUUGCAGAACAUAAUAAGAAAUUUAAAUAUCCACACAUAGCUUCAGGUUUUGCAAUAACAUCAGUUUUGUUAACAAGUUUAGUACAUAAAAUUAUUAAAGAUGAAGGACCUAAGAAUGAUUUUUCAAUUGAUGCAUCAUAUGAAUUUGCAUCUUUUGUUUUAAAGAUUGAUAAAGGAAUACGAUUAACACAUGUACCUCAAAUAUGUGUCAUAUCUAGUUCUGAAUGUGCUACAUAUCCAAGAUUCUUUCAUCCAUGUGAUUCAUCUAUAACUUCUAAAAAUAUAUACUUUGCUGUAAAAACUUGUGCAAAAUUUCAUAUUGAUAGAAUUCCUGUAAUUAAAAAAACAUGGGCAAAGUAUGCUAUCAAUAUUGGUUACUUUAGUGAUAUUGCUGAUAAAUAUCUAACUGAUGCUUUUAUUGUAUCAAAUACAACUCAAGGACAUUGUGCAAAAACAUAUAAUAUUUUAGUUGAAGCAAGUAAAAUUUUAAAAAAAAAAAAUCUAAAUUGGUUAAUAAUCAGUGAUGAUGACACACUUUUUAGUGUGGCACGUUUAAUACGUUUCUUAACAUGCUACAAUCCAAACAUUCCACUUGCUAUUGGAGAACGUUAUGGUUUUCAAUUGUGGAACAGUUUUCAUGGAUAUGAAUACUUAACCGGUGGAGCUGGUGUUGCCUUAUCUGCACCUUUAGUAUAUGAAAUGAUAAAAUUGGGUAAAUGUGAUUGUCCAUCACCUACAACUCCCGAUGACAUGUAUCUCUUUGGUAUAUGUCUAGCACAAAUUGGAAUACAACCUAUACAUUCAUCAAUGUUUCAUCAAGCACGACCUAUGGAUUAUGCUACCCCAUAUCUUGCUUCACAAGAUCCUAUAUCAUUCCAUAAAUUUUGGAUGAUUGAUCCUCAAGCAGUUUAUGAUGAAUGGUUUGCAGAAGCAGACAAAUCAUUAAUUACAGUUAAAAAACAUAUGGAAUUAUAAUAUUAUUAUAACUUGCAUUCAAUUCAUAAAUAUUUAAUAAUGAUAAAAAAGUUAAUAUUGUAAUAUAUGUUAAUAUCAAAAUUUUUAUUUAAAAAAAUAUAUUUAUCAUACAUAUUGCGCACAGUAAUUCAUAAUUAAUCAGAAACAAAA